AAUCUAUCGGUAUUUCAACAAUCAAUACAAUACACAGUAGUAGUAGUAGUAAUAGUAGUUAAAUAUCAGUCAAUCAUAUGAUUACUAAAACAAUAAAAAAAGCGAUUCAAUAAAUAAUUUAUUUUUUUUAUUGGCCACCGAUUUACCGAUAGUGUAACCACUAGUAGUAGUGUCUGUGUGUGUGUUUGGCCACAAACUCACCCAACCGACCGACCGACCGACCGACCGACCGACCGACCGACCGACCGACCAACUGAUCCAUUGACUGGCAGUGACCAACCAAUCGGAUGAUCUGGAAAACAAUGUCCAACAAUCUAGUACUGAGAAUAUUGUCGUCGUCGGUAAACAUAUCGGCCAAAGCCGGCUCUAUAGUCAGGGAUGUAAUGAAAACGGGCGAACUGGCCGUCGUCGACAAAGGAGUCAACGAUCUGCAGACCGAAGCCGACCGACGGGCGCAAAACUGUAUCAUUACUUCACUGUCGAAACAGUUCCCGAAGAUUGCUAUUAUUGGCGAAGAGACAUUAGAUCCAAAUGAUAAGAUCGACGACAAAUGGAUUGUCAGCUCAUUUGACGAGUCAGUGUUGAGCCAUAAGUGUCCAGAAGAAUGGCUGAAUGUUACCGAUGAAGAUAUAGUCGUAUGGGUCGACCCAUUGGAUGGUACUUCCGAAUACACACAAGGACUUCUCGAUCACGUUACUGUCCUCAUCGGCCUAUCGGUAAAGGGGCGGGCAAUUGGCGGUGUCAUUCAUCAACCAUUUUAUAAUUUUGAUAAAGAAAAUGAUAGUACGAAAUUAGGUCGAACCAUAUGGGGAUUGGUAGGUCUGGGUGCCUACGGCUUCCAGCACAGGCAGCCACCAGUAGGGAAAGUUAUAGUAACGACUACCCGAUCGCAUAGUUCGCCGACAAUCAACGCUGCCAUCGAACAUAUCAAUCCGGACGAAGUAAUACGUGUGGGCGGUGCCGGCCAUAAGGUACUGCUGGUUAUCGAAGGUCAGGCUCAUGCCUACGUAUUUCCGAGUCGGGGCUGCAAAAAAUGGGAUACCUGUGCACCGGAAGCCGUACUGGAAAGCCUGGGCGGACGGUUGACCGAUGUUUUCGGUAAUCAGCUGAGAUACGAUCGCAAUGUUGAACAUACAAACGAAUUGGGCGUUUUGGCCACACAUUGCGCCCGUACGAGUCAUCCGUAUUUUUUGGCCAAAUUUUCCGAUGAUAUCAAAGCUUCACUAUUGUCUUCAUCGCAGAUGAAGCGAAAUAAUUGACUUAUUUUUAAAAUAGAUUUUUAGAGACAAUUUAA